AAAGCAGAAAAAUACAGCUCCCAAGAACAAUCUGCGACUAGGUAUAGGAACUUGAAAGAGCAAAUCAAAUAUUAUUGUCUUCGAUAGCUUCGCUCCUUCACUCAACCCCAGCAAGAUCAAGACAGAGAUGCCACCAACUUUACUCUUUCAAACUCUAGUCACAGUCACAGUAGCAUUCACGCUACUCUCCUCACUACCCCAGCUAGUCCGCUCCCAUUACCACUACUCCCCUUCUUCCUCCACCCCCUCCUCCUACACAGAGUGGAGAUCCGCCAGAGCCACCUACUACGCCGCCGCGGAACCGGGAGACCCGGUUGGUGGGGCUUGUGGUUAUGGGGACCUGGAGAAAAUGGGAUACGGGAAAGCCACAGCUGCACUCAGUACAGUCCUGUUUGAAAAGGGUCAGAUCUGUGGAGCUUGCUUUCAAGUUAGGUGUGUUGAGGACCUGAGAUGGUGUAUUCCUGGGACUUCCAUUAUUGUUACUGCGACUAACUUUUGUGCUCCGAAUUAUGGGUUUGAAGCUGAUGGUGGAGGACAUUGUAAUUUCCCUAAUGCACAUUUUGUGCUUCCCAUUGAAGCUUUUGAGAAAAUUGCCAUUUGGAAAGCUUCCAAUAUGCCCAUUCAGUAUCGCAGGGUCAAAUGUAGAAAGGAAGGAGGGGUUCGUUUUGCAGUUAAUGGUGCUGGAAUAUUUCUAUCAGUGUUAAUCAGCAAUGUUGCAGGUGCUGGAGACAUAGUUGCUGUGAAAAUCAAAGGCUCAAGAACCGGAUGGCUUCCAAUGGGCAGGAACUGGGGGCAGAAUUGGCACAUAAAUGCUGAUUUGAAGAAUCAACCUCUCUCAUUUGAGCUUACCAAUGGUGAUGGAGUGACCCUUGCAUCUUACAGUGUCGCUCCAAAGGACUGGAAUUAUGGGCAGACGUUUGAAGGAAAGCAGUUUGAUUAUUGAAAGUAGAACCUGUCUGAAAUGAAAAGAUAAUAUUGUUAUUGCUGACCCUCUCCUGAAUCAAAGGUAGGGAGUACGAGGUGUAUUGGUGGCUCUUUCUUUUUGCUGUAUCAUUUCCGAAAUGAGGUUUAAUUUGAGGAAGGGGCAAGGCUAGGGGUUUGGAAAUGGUGUUGGAUCAUCAUUGAGGGCAAAAUAUGUUGUACAACAGAAUUUGUAUUCACUUUUAUUGGAGGGCACCUUUCGAGCACCGCAUGGAGCUUGAAAAUGAGAAGAGAGCAAGCAAGCUGUCUAUGUAGCAGUCUAUUUUCACUUCCACAACAGACUUGCAAAAAAAAAAAAAAAAACUGUUGUCACCAAGUGGAAGUUAUAAAUUUGUUUGCCUUCACUUUGUGAUAGCUA